AUGGGAAGUGCCAGCAAGUAUGUGGACGAAAGCAAACCACGUGCUCACACAGUUGUCUAUCAACCUGCCACGGCAAUGAACAAUGUCCACCAUGCAAUUCCAAAUGUGAAGUCGCCUGCGGACACUCAAAAUGCCCGAAGAAGUGUUUCGAACCCUGUGCUCCUUGCGCACAAAACAUUUGUCUCUCUGCAUGCCCACACAGCCGAUGCUCUAUGCCCUGUGCUGCCCCAUGUGACCAUGUUCCUUGCUCCCUUCGUGUGUGGAGAGAAAUGUCCAACUUCGUCCUACUGCCAGAUUUGUGCAACAUACAAUAUCAAGAAUCAGGAUGUGGACUAUCUUGAGGGAGCCACAUACAAGGACAUCAAUCUUGAUGAAAACCCUUGCAUUUUCCCUACAUGUGGUCAUUUCCUGACUAUGGAAAGUAUGGAUGCGCAAAUGGAUCUGAAACGGCACUAUCAAGUCAACAAGGAUGGAAAACCCACAGCCAUUCUCGCUUCGUCGCAGCCUUUCUCAAUGGAAGACAUCAAGACCUGUGGAAUUUGCCGUGGUCCCUUGCGAAACAUUGCCAGAUAUGGCCGACUUGUUCGGCGAGCUCUUCUGGAUGAAUCAACAAAAAAGCUUAUUCUCCGCUUGAAUCAAGAAUUCAUACCUCUUGCGCAGAAGCUUGCUCAAGAAAUUCAGAAACUUCAGGGUACCCAUAUUCCAGAAUUGGGCAGGUUGCCAGAGGUGGAGAUCAGUGGACGGAGUAGUGGCCAGAUCAAAGUGAUGAAAAUGAUAAUGGACAGUGCAAAGCCUCAGAGAUGGGAGAACAUGAUUAAAUUGCGAGAACAGAUCAUGAAGUACCUUCGAGAUGUAAACCCAGAAGAGCAACCCUUUCAACGGGUUCGUGAAAUGGUGGUCAACGCGCAGCGCCACAAAACGACUUCAGGGGAUUUCACGUUCGGAGACGAAAUCUUACAAACCAAGGGAGUCUUGCAAGCAGCAGCUCUCAGUCUUCGUCUUGAUAUUGCCCUGCUGGCAGAUUUCCUGGACCUGGAAAGAUUAACCAAGUACAAGGAGGCAGCGCUCAAAAUCGACCUGCGAGUUCUGAGAAAUGACUGUGACAUUCUUGUUCGACAGGCUCAAGCCUCUCAUCGACCAGUACACGAGACCGAAGGCUGGAUUUUCAAGGCUCAGCUUUACGCCCUAGAGCGUGGAUACGUGUCCGAAGAGCUAGGCAACGAUCAUCUCCAGAAUGGCCGCCUCUGCAUUUAUGCAGCAAAAAAACUCUGUCAGGAAUACUCGGGCCAGACACGUGGAUUGGGCAUUGAAGUCGACAACGCUCAACAAAUGCUGAACGGGGGCUCUUUCUACGCCGAAGUCACCAGCCAGGAGCGAAUGGAAGUUAUCUCAGUCAUGGCCCGCGGCUUCGAAGGAACGGGUCACUGGUAUUACUGCCGCAACAAUCAUCCCUUCACCAUCGGCGAGUGUGGGGGAGCUAUGGAGACAGCCUCGUGCCCAGAAUGCGGUGCCCCUGUUGGAGGGGAGAAUCAUUUCCUAGCGCCCGGGGUUACCAGAGCUGAGGAUUAUGAACGAAAUUUCGAACAAGAUGCUGAACGGGGGAUUGAAGAGGAUUUUAAUGAUAUGGAAAUUUGA